GUCCCGGGUCAGAGCCGGAGACGAAGAUGGCGACGCGCAAGGUCGUGUCGGGGCCGCGCGGGCUGCUGCUGGUGCUGCUGGUGCUGCUGCUCGGGCCCGCGCCGGCGGCGGGCCACGGCGGCAAGUACUCGCGGGAGAAGAACGAGCCCGGGCCGCCCCCGAGGCGCGAGCCCGGCGACGAGUUCCGGAUGGAGAAGCUGAACCAGUUGUGGGAGAAAGCCAAGCGGCUGCAGCUCUCUCCGGUGAAACUGUCCGAACUCCACGUCGACCUGAAGAUGCAAGAACGGGAUGAGCUCAGCUGGAAGAAAAUGAAGGCUGAAGGGUUGGACGAAGACGGGGAGAAGGAAGCGAAGCUCGUGCACAGUCUCAGCGUGAUCUUGGCCAAGUACGGGCUGGACGGGAAGAAGGAUGCGCAGGUGGGGAGCAGCAAUUCCGUCAGCGGCGAUGAGGACAGACUGGAGGACCCGAGGCUGGAGAAGCUGUGGCACAAGGCCAAGACCUCCGGGAAGUUCUCCAGUGAAGAAUUGGAGAAGCUCUGGCGGGAGUUGAAGCAUCAUAAAGAAAAAGUUCACGAGUACAACGUCCUGAUGGAGACCGUGAGCAGGACUGAAGAGACACACGAGAACGUCAUCAGCCCCUCCGAGACGGGCCCUGCCAAGGAAGCGGUGCUGCACAGCAAGCACGCCGAGCUCAAGGACAGGCUGCGCGCCAUCAACCAGGGCUUCGACCGCCUGAGGAGGGUCAGCCACAGGGGCUACGAGGCGGACAGCGAAUUCGAAGAACCCCGGGUGAUCGAUCUGUGGGACAUGGCGAAGUCGGCCAACUUCACCGAGAAGGAGCUGGAAUCAUUUCGGGAGGAGCUCAAGCACUUUGAAGCCAAAAUUGAAAAGCACAACCACUACCAGAAGGAGCUGGAGAUUUCCCAUGAGAAGCUGAAGCACGUGGAGAACUUUGGGGACAGAGAGCACCUGACGCGGAAAAAGGAGAAGUACGCCCUGCUGGAGGAGAAGACCAAGGAGCUGGGCUACAAGGUGAAGAAGCACCUGCAGGACCUCUCCAGCAGAAUCUCCCGGGGCCUCCAGCACAAUGAGCUCUGACGGCCUCGCGGGCAGCAGGACGGGGCGCCCUGGGGGUGGCACAGGAAGUGACCAGAACCGAGGCAUCUGCAGGGGCUGACGGCGGACGGCCUCUGAGGGAAGGACGAUUCCAAACGGCUCUGGCUGCCGCCGUGGCACGGUUCCAAGGGAGGCCGGCUCCACUCCCAGCCGUGCAGACCGAGGCCUGUCGGAGCGGCCGGGCCGGGCCUUGCCCCCGGGGGAGCAGGGAAGCCUCCUCUCCAGGGAGAAUGUGGUUUCCAGCCGCCAGCGAGUCCCGCGGCCCCUUGUGCUGCAGCUGCACAGUUUGUGUCAGAAGCCUUUAAAUGUGCCGCUGGAGGCACCGUGUACAUAAGCCCUCAAAAAUACAGUGUGGUAUCUAACCCA